GCCAGGGUUUUGGGCUUUGGCCGCGGUAAAUCGGCUCCUCUUGAUCAGAAAAGUGAAGAUCCGGAAGAAAAGAGAUCGGUAGGUGGCCUGGAUUUUGGCUCCGGGCGCAACGAUUUGGGUCCAGUCGGGGAAGGAUGACCAGAUCUGCUCUUCGAACAGGAAAAGCGAAUGAAAGAAACCAGAUCUGCUCUUCCGGCGACCAGAUCUGCUCUUCCGAACGGGAUAUGCUCUGUUUUUUAAAAUUGUUUAAGAAAUCUGACUUAGCAAAUCUGGAUUUUGGAUGAGUUGAAAGCACUUAAUUUGGGGGAAUCUUGAUUUUUAGGUUUGAUGAGGUGCUGAUUUGAG